AUGGCAGCGAAAUCCCGUAUUCUUAUCCUCACAGUUGUCCUCUUCGCGUCAGCCUUGACACUGUUGCGCGAGAUACAUGAAAUGUGGAAGAUCUCCCAUAUAUUUUCCCGCCGCCGGGUUCAGUGGCAGGAGAUUGCGAGCCAGAAGCGCGAGGCCAAUAUGGCGAAAAUUCGGCCGGAAUGGCUUCUAGAGCCUCAAGUGCUGGAAGACGGAAGAUCUCGUCGCACCAUCGUUGGUGAUUACAUGGAGGGUUUGCUUGACACCAAAUCCCGAUACGUCACUGACAUGGACGUUCCUGAGCUUGUAGCUAGGAUGGAAAGCGGAACACUCUCAGCGGUUGAAGUGGUCACGGCGUUUUGCAAGAGGGCUGCCUAUGCUCAUCAGUUAAGCAAUAUUCUGCUCGAAAUUAGAUUCGAUGAGGCCAUUGAGCGAGCUCGGGAGCUCGACGACUACUUCAAAGAACAUAAGAGGCUUGUUGGCCCGCUGCAUGGCAUCCCUCUCACUUUGAAAGACCAAUUUCACAUCAAAGGUCUCGAUACUUCAAUGGGUUUCAUUGGAUGGAUUGGUACUUUUGAGGGGGAAAUGGGUACGGGGAAGAGCAGAAACGCUGAGAGUGAAUUGGUCCGAGAAUUCCACAUCCUCGGGGCAGUUCCUAUUGGAAAGGUAAGUCACACAUGGCUUCGCCACUUACCUAACAAACAACAACUGAAAGAAGUCCGGCGUAAUAGACCACGCUCAUGCAGAGUCUUUGGGUAUGCUGAGGGAAAGCUCAUCCAACUCCAGUUUAGCUGA